AUGUCUGCCACUCAAGGAAUCAGUGUUGUUGAAACAUUCAAAGCAAGACAUUCAAUUCGAACUUAUAACGGAAGGUUUGCUCAAGAACAUAUGACAAUUGUCCGCACAAUUGUUGAUGAGUCGAAUAAAUUGAAAACUCCAUUUGGAACAACAGCAGAAAUAGCUGUUACUGAACCAGGAAUUAGUAAGUUUGGUCUUGUUUCCGGUGAAGGAGGUUGGAUAGUUCUCAAAGUUCCAGAAAACAUUGAUCAAAAAUCUCCAGAAUACAAAAAAUUCUUGCUUGAUUCAGCAUUCAAAGGAUGCAUUGCAGCGAUGAAAUUGGUACAAAAUGGAAUUGCAACUAACUGGGUAGGAGGAACAUUCGACUCAAAGACCGUCGAUGCCAGAUUCCCAGGAUUUAAGAUUGCAUGUACAAUAGGAUUCGGUAUUGAUUCUGAGAAAAAGAAAUUCGCUGACUAUGCAGCAAAAUGGUUCAUGAAAGGAGAUAGACUUCCUUAUAAAACUCUUUUCUAUGAUGAGGUUGCUAAGAAGAUGAUUGAAAAGCUUCCUGAAGGUAAAUUAGGAGAAGUUUUAGAAUGCGUUAAAUGGCUCCCUUCUGCUUUAAGCAAGCAACCAUGGAGAUUAUCAUUUAAUGCACAAGAUAACAAAUUCAAGAUUUUUGAUUCUCAAAAUCUUGAUGGGUUUAGUCCUUUGGAUAUUGGCAUUAUGAUUGGAGGCUUCUAUUUCUAUUCUGAAGGUAAAUGCAUAAUUGAUGUUAAUAAAUUAGAUGAAACUUUUCCAAAAGGCGGACAGUACAUCUGUUCAAUUAAGUUAUAA